AUGGGCACCGCAGCACAAUAUUCCCUCUACGUCUUCUGCAUCAUCCUCGGCUGCGUAAUCUCCGUCCUCAUCGCCUACGCAAUCUGGAUAGCAGCCCACGGCAUCGAAGAUACCGAGCCCCCGGGAUUCUCCCAGGAACAGAAAGCAUACAUGCGCAAAGUACGGCUAAGGAAUAUAAAUACACUGGCUCUCAAUGUGGGGAGACCUGAUUUGUGCACACCGGUGGAAUAA